CCCCUCUCUCUCUCUCUCCCUCCCUCCCUCUCUCUCUCUCUCUCUCUCUCUCUCUCUGCCCAAAAUCCUCCCCCCCUGUCUCUCUCUAUAUAAAAAUACUACACAAAACAGGAGUAUCUCGCAUUUCAAAUCUUGGUCUUCUGAGAUCUCUCAACCAGCAAUCUCCGGACUCAAAUUUGGAUCUAUAGAUCCGAUUAAGGUUUUCAGCAAAGAAAGAAAUGGAUAAUGGGGAGAUUGAGGGUUCAGACGACAACGAAUUCGCGUCGUCGUCGUCGUCUAAAGGCGUUGGUCUCGGAGUAGGAAGGAAGUACCGUCCGGUCGUUGCUCACGACACCGAUCGCGCCGUCCUCGAGAUGUCCUCUCUCGAUCCAUCUUCUUUCCCUAAGAAAAUUAAAGUAAGCACGCAGCCAAACUUGGGUUCUGAUUCAACCGAAAGGUCGUUGCCAACUCAUGUUGGAGCCAAUGGUUCUCAGAGGGAAUCUAAAUUGGAAUUGUUUGGGUUUGAUUCACUUGUGAAUAUUUUAGGCCUUAAGAGUAUGACAGGGGAGCAGAUUCCAGCGCCUUCUAGUCCCAGAGAUGGUGAGGAUGUUUCUACAACUCUUGAGCGUCCAAAGAUUACUGGUGUCAAAUCAGGGACAAUGAUGGGGGUGUUUGUUCCAUGCUUGCAAAACAUUUUGGGAAUCAUCUACUACAUUCGAUUUUCCUGGAUUGUUGGAAUGGGGGGGAUCGGUGAAUCAUUAUUGCUAGUCGCCUUUUGUGGUGCCUGUACUUUUCUGACUUCAAUUUCAUUGAGUGCCAUUGCAACAAAUGGUGCAAUGAAGGGUGGGGGACCUUAUUAUCUCAUUGGUCGAGCCUUGGGUCCGGAGGUUGGAGUCAGCAUAGGGUUAUGUUUUUUUCUUGGGAAUGCAGUAGCUGGAGCUCUUUAUGUGUUGGGAGCUGUAGAGACUUUUCUAAAAGCUGUGCCAAGUGCUGGGAUUUUCAGAGAAACUUUAACAAACGUUAAUGCCACGGGAGUUGCAGAGCCUAUCCCAAGCCCAAGUUUACAUGAUCUGCAAGUUUAUGGGAUUGUUGUGACAAUCAUUAUAUGCUUUAUUGUGUUUGGUGGCGUGAAGAUGAUAAAUCGGGUUGCACCUGCCUUUCUUAUACCCGUUUUACUCUCUAUCUUCUGCAUUUUUAUUGGUAUUGCUGCAGCAAAGAAGGAUCAUCCCGCAUCUGGAAUCACAGGCUUGAGUUUGCAAACUUUCAAAGAUAACUGGAGUUCAGAUUAUCAAAGGACAAACAGUGCUGGAAUUCCUGAUCCUGCAGGAAAAACAGAUUGGAAUUAUAAUGCCUUGGUUGGUCUCUUUUUUCCUGCUGUGACGGGCAUUAUGGCAGGUUCUAAUCGAUCUGCCUCUCUGAAAGAUACUCAGCGUUCUAUACCUAUUGGAACACUGGCUGCAACUCUCACUACUUCUGGGUUAUAUAUAGUUUCUGUUUUGUUAUUUGGAGCUCUAGCAACCAGAGAGAAGCUUUUAACAGACAGGCUACUAACAGCUACAGUCGCAUGGCCUUUCCCAUUAAUUGUGUACGUUGGAAUUAUUCUUUCAACACUUGGUGCUGCACUUCAGAGCAUGACAGGGGCCCCGCGUCUGCUUGCAGCAAUAGCCAAUGAUGACAUCCUCCCUGUUCUCAACUACUUCAAGGUUGCCGAUGGGAGUGAACCUCAUAUUGCCACGCUCUUUACUGCCUUCAUCUGCAUUGGGUGUGUCAUAAUUGGGAAUUUAGAUCUUAUCACACCGACCGUAACUAUGUUUUUCCUUCUCUGUUAUACCGGUGUGAAUUUGUCUUGCUUCCUUCUAGAUCUUUUAGAUGCUCCCAGCUGGCGUCCUCGGUGGAAAUUUCACCACUGGAGCCUUUCUCUUAUUGGGGCAUCACUUUGUAUAGUGAUUAUGUUCUUGAUUUCAUGGUCUUUCACUGUGGUCUCUCUAGCCCUAGCUAGUCUAAUAUACUAUUACGUAAGCAUUAAGGGAAAAGCUGGAGACUGGGGUGAUGGUUUCAAAAGUGCAUAUUUUCAACUAGCACUGCGUAGUCUGCGAUCAUUAGGAGCAAACCAAGUCCACCCAAAAAAUUGGUACCCUAUUCCCCUCGUAUUCUGCCGCCCCUGGGGCAAGCUACCAGAGAAUGUACCAUGCCAUCCCAAGCUCGCCGACUUUGCCAACUGCAUGAAGAAAAAAGGCCGCGGAAUGUCCAUCUUCGUUUCGAUACUCGACGGAGAUUACUAUGAAUGUGCCGAAGAUGCCAAGGCUGCAUGCAAGCAGCUUAGUACAUAUAUCGACUACAAACGGUGUGAAGGUGUAGCAGAGAUUGUCGUGGCCCCCAAUAUGUCUGACGGAUUCCGCGGAAUCGUCCAAACUAUGGGCCUCGGAAAUCUCAAGCCGAAUAUCGUGGUGAUGCGGUACCCCGAAAUUUGGCGUCGCGAAAACCUAAUCGAAAUCCCCGCCACCUUUGUAGGGAUAAUAAACGACUGCAUUGUUGCUAACAAGGCAGUUGUUAUCGUCAAGGGACUCGACGAGUGGCCGAAUGAGUAUCAGAGACAGUACGGAACCAUUGAUUUGUAUUGGAUAGUGAGGGACGGAGGUCUAAUGCUUUUGCUCUCCCAACUCCUUCUUACUAAGGAGAGCUUUGAGAGUUGUAAGAUUCAAGUUUUUUGCAUUGCCGAGGAGGAUUCCGACGCGGAGGAGCUAAAGGCUGACGUCAAGAAGUUCCUUUACGAUCUUAGGAUGCAGGCUGAAGUGUUUGUUGUAUCGAUGAAGACGUGGGAUGUCCAUGUGGAGGGUGGGCCCCAACAGGACGAAUCAGUGGAGGCGUUCACUGGGGCCCAGCGGCGAAUCUCUAGUUACUUGUUAGGGAUGAAGGAGAAAGCAGAGAGAGAAAAGACGCCUCUGAUGGCCGAUGGGAAGGCAGUAGUUGUCAACGAGCAACAGGUGGAGAAAUUCCUGUACACCACCUUGAAGCUGAACUCGACGAUAUUAAGGUACUCAAGAAUGGCGGCGGUUGUGCUUGUGAGUCUACCGCCUCCUCCUGUAAACCACCCUGCGUAUUUUUACAUGGAGUACAUGGAUUUGUUGGUGGAAAAUGUGCCUAGGCUUUUAAUGGUUCGAGGGUAUCGGAGAGAUGUCGUCACCUUGUUCACAUAGUUGCUCGCUAGAUUGAUUUCGUCAUCAUCAGACGGUAAUUUUGGCUAAUUUUUCUAAUGCUUUUCUUGUUCAUAUGUCCUCUUUUAAUGGUUGUAUUUUAAAUUUUUGAUUCAUUCUUUCGUCAAGAUGUUACAGUGAAUGGGUUGUUGGAAAUUUUGAAAAAAUUUAACGAGUCUUUUGGGUCGUACAUUUUUUAGGUUAAAUUUUCCAUUGCUAGGUUGAUUCCAAUUUCUUUUUUUUUCAAAGUUGUAUUUGUUGGAGAACAAGGGGUACUCGAGAACUUGAUGGAUUAUGAUAGAGUCUUCUACAGUUAUUUUCUAACGAAAAAUAUAGAAAUAAAUUAAGCUUAUAUAGUUAUUGGGACA